AAGCCAGGCAAGCAUCAAUGCUACACCAUGAAAGGGCUGGUAAAAUGGCUAUAUGUCGCAAUGACAACAUACCUCCACCAACUCGUUCCAAAUAACUAUGACCGUCCGGAUUUAGUAACCAAGGACAAUUCUGCGACCGGGAAAGGACCCCCUCCUAUCUUGCUCAAUGUCCAACGAUCCGGUGGAAACCAGUCCAGUCCUCUGUUGUAUGGUAUCAUGUUUGAGGUAGAUCUUGCUGAUUGGCCAGGCGACGGAGGCAUGCAUGGGCAAUUGCUUCAGAACAACGGGUUUCAGGGGGAUAACCCCGGUCUUACCGCAUACAAGGCCAUCGGCGAUGUUGACCUCAUGCAGGACAUGCGUAAUCCAGUCAGCAGUGCAAUCACCUCCUCAUUACAGGUCUCUUUGCAGCCAGGGGCAAAAGGAUUUGUCGGGUUUGCCAAUACGGGCUACGACGGUGUGCCUGUGAUGAAUGCCACGUAUUCGUGCGAGUUCUGGAUGAUGGGCGACUACUCGGGCACGAUUAUGUUGGAGCUUGCUGGCUCGUCCAAUGGAAAGAUCUAUGCCUCUCAUAAUAUGACCGUGUGGAGUUCCUGGGAGAAGUUCACCAAGCACCAGACCUCAUUCAAUUCGACUGCUUCUCCGGAUGGUGAUAAUGAAUGGCGGCUGCUGUUCAAUGCAUCGCAGAUGUCUGGAACGCUAAACUUCGGUUUGGUGCAGUUGUUUCCCCCUACAUAUAAGUCAAGAGCCAAUGGACUGCGGAAUGAUGUGGCCACCUUUCUCGAGAAAAUCCAUCCAUCGUUUCUCCGUUUCCCAGGCGGGAAUAACCUAGAAGGCCUUCAAAUCGAUAGUCGAUGGCAGUGGAACCUAACCAUUGGGCCCGUUGUCGAUCGUCCUGGAAGAGAAAGCGACUGGUUCUACCCAAACACCGAUGCACUUGGUCUAGAUGAAUACCUCUGGUGGUGCGAGGACAUGCACAUGGAACCCGUCCUCGCCGUCUGGGACGGCAAAUCAUACGGCGGCAUCGUAUCACAAGACGACCUGGAGCCCUACAUUGACGACAUUCUAAACGAACUCGAGUACAUUCUCGGCCCCUCCAACUCCACCUACGGAAGCCUCCGCGCAAAACACGGACGCACCGACCCCUGGCCACUCCAAUACAUCGAAAUCGGCAACGAAGACGACUACACCGGAGGCUGCGACACCUACCCGGAUCGAUUCAUGCAAAUCCACCACGCCAUCCAAACCAACUACCCAAGCCUCAGCCUCAUCGCAUCCAACCUAGACUUCCUCUGUCUCCCCAUCGAUCCCCCAUCCGGCCUCCUAUACGACUACCACUAUUACCGCAAACCAGAAGACCUCGUCUCCAUGUUCAACUUCUGGGAUAACCAUCCCCGAUCCCAACCCGUAAUUAUCGGUGAGUAUGGGUGUCGAGAUACCGGCCCUGCAGAAGGAGAUGGACCAUACUGGUCCUCUAUGCAAUGCGCCUGCAGCGAAGCAGUACAUAUGAUUGGUCUGGAACGGAAUUCUGAUGUGGUGAGAAUGGCUGCGUACGCACCGUUACUUCAGCACUUUGGGUUUACUCAGUGGUCGCCAACCCUCUUCGGUCUCGACUCCACCCCCAACUCCCUAACCCCAUCGCUAUCCUACUACGUGCAGAGAAUGUUCUCCACCAACCGAGGAAAUACCAUCCUCCCCGUAAACACCACUACCGCAUCUCACCCACUCUACUGGGUUGCGUCAAAAACCAACAAGACAUACUUUAUUAAACUAGCAAACUACAGCCCGGAGAACCAUACCGUCCAUAUACACGUCUCGCAUACCGAAUCAGGACAUGUAGAAGUACUUUCUGGCCAACAGAACGCAACUAAUCUACCGCAUAAUAUCACUAUCCAACCAAGGGUGAAGAAUAUUACUAGCUCGAAGGGGAAUUAUACUGUGGAUAUGGAGCCGUGGGGUGUUGUGGUGGUGUCUGUAUCUUGAGAUAGUACUAUUCUUACCAUAGUACCGAUUAAAUUAUAUGCUGAAUUGAAAG